CAAAACCAAAGGUAAACAAUUUCUUGCUGGUUCAUUAGCGGGAAUCACGUCACAGACGAUUACCUAUCCCCUAGAUUUAGCUCGUGCUCGUAUGGCAGUUACCCACAAAAAGGCAUAUGCCACCCUACGACAGGUUUUUGUAAAGAUUUACAAAGAGGAAGGGUUAUUAACGUUUUAUAGAGGGUAUAUUCCGACAAUAAUAGGCGUAAUUCCUUAUGCUGGCGUUUCAUUUUUUACGUACGAAACCUUAAAAAGGUUAUAUAGAGAAAGGGUAGAUAGUACGCCAAGACUUCAUCCUAUUGCCGCACUUGGAUUUGGUGCUGUUGCAGGAAUGUUGGGCCAGUCCAGUAGCUAUCCUUUGGAUAUAGUGCGUAGAAGAAUGCAGACUGACACAUAUAAACAAUACAACAGUAUUUUAGAAACUUUAAGAGUUAUAUAUAAGUAUGAAGGAAUCAAAGGUGGGUUUUUCAAAGGAUUGUCAAUGAAUUGGAUUAAGGGCCCAAUUGCCGUAGGGAUUAGUUUUGCAACUUACGAUAGCACUAAGGAUAUUAUUGAAAAGUUGGUUAGUGAUUUAAAACAAUUUAAGUGGAACUAUUAGUCUGAUUGGUCAUUUUUAUACAUUUUUACUUAGUUAGAUAGAUCUGUAUAUAUGUAAAUUGUGGAAGUAAUUGUGUUAAUUUGAUAUUGUCAUUACAUUAUACAUAUAUUUAUUGUAAUUUACGGAUUGUUGCACGAAUAAAAAUUUUAUUAUGUUA